UUUUUUUAUACUUUCGAUGGCCUACAAACGAAAUUUGAACUAUAAAAACGAAACGAAAUAGGAUCUGUGUUUUAAUCUGAUUGCUUGAACGAGAAUAACAUUUAAUCCGAAUACAAUAAUAGGCCUACUUUUAUGUCUGAUACAGUUGAGUAUCUAAAUUCUACAUGUUUAUGGUUGUUAGUACACCAAGUUAGAUAACAUGGCAGCUCCAGCCCGUCCAUUUAAAUUAUGGAGUAAUGAUCGCAAUGUAAAGAAAUCUGUUACAGUUGUUUCACUGCAAGAUUUACUAAAAAAAGGUAGAACCAAACUGAAUAUACAACCUAACGAAAAUAUAAAAGUUGUUUUAGAAGAGGAUGGUACAGAAAUUGAUGAUGAAGAUUAUUUUGCCUUUGUUCCAAGUAAUUCAACUAUAGUGGUUUUAAGAGGCUCAGAGACAUGGCACCAUGCAGAUGCAGGUUUAUCUGGACAAGAUGAAACAGAUUAUGGAUCUGGUUUAAGUGAAAGAACUAAACAGUUAAUUAUUGGUUUACAGAAAGAUUUAUCACGGAUUAUAGCAUUCUCUAAUGAUGAUCUUGAGCAAAUAGUAUCAACCAGUGUCAGUGAUUUGAGUCAUCUGUUAAAAGAAACAGAAAGUUAUGCUAAAGCACUACAAGAUGCUUGUCAACGUCAUCUUGAUGAAAGACAUGUAACAUCGGAAGCUAUAGACUUAUUACGUUUAUAUCAUCAAUCUCGAAAAAAUAGUCCCUUCGUAGAAGAUGACAGCAAAAAACGUAAAUUGGAGAAUACUUAAAACAUUGUUUUAGUUGGGGUUUUUCGAUCAGAGAAAUUCAAUUAUCAAUACAUAUCCUAAACCAACAUCUAUAAAUAUCAUUCCUCUACAGAAUAUAUUACUAUAGUAUAUUAAGUAUAAUAUGUACAGGUAUCGGACCAAGGGCUCAUUUGUGUGGUUUUGUCUUUCCUUAUAUCAUCUUUAAUUAAUAGAUUGUGUAGAAAAAUCAUUACUAUGUUGUAUGUUUAACUACCGCAAAGUACCCAUAUCAGUUGUAUUAUUGCCACAGUACAUUUAUGUAAAAGAUGUUUUGAUAGAAUUUUAUUGUUACUUCAUAUAUUUUUAUAAAAAUUCAAUAUUGAAAAUAAAGAG